AUGGCCUCGCCCGCAACAUCCACUGGCUCGACAAAGGUCGAUGCCGUUGUCCAGAACAUCGCAGCCAACACCCCCGAGAAGUUGAGCGGUCUUCAACUCUACUCCAGAUUCGCCUUGGCUGGUGCAGUCUGCUGUUCAGUUACCCACGGUGGUCUCACACCCGUCGAUGUCGUCAAGACAAGAAUUCAACUCGACCCUGCCACAUACAACAAGGGUUUGAUCGGAGGAUUCAGACAGGUUAUUGCGAAGGAGGGUGCCGGUGCUCUGUUGACUGGUUUCGGUCCAACUGCUGCCGGUUACUUCCUCCAGGGCGCAUUCAAGUUUGGAGGAUAUGAGCUUUUCAAGCAACAAUCCAUCAACUUGCUCGGAUACGAGACUGCCUCCAACAACCGCACAGCCGUCUACCUCGCCUCCGCAGGUCUUGCCGAGUUCUUCGCUGAUAUCGCCCUUUGCCCUCUCGAGGCUACCCGUAUCCGUCUCGUUUCUGAGCCAACAUACGCCAAUGGUCUCAUUGGAGGCUUCAGUAAGAUGCUGAAGAACGAGGGUAUCGGUGCCUUCUAUGCCGGUUUCGGUCCUAUCUUGCUCAAGCAGGUCCCAUACACCAUGACCAAGUUCGUCGUCUACGAGAAGGUCGCCGAGGCCAUCUACGGAUACGUUGACAAGAGCAAAGCUUCCGACGGAAUGCAGACCACCAUUAACUUGGGCUCUGGUCUCGUUGCCGGUAUGGCCGCAGCCGUUGUCUCGCAACCAGCCGACACCAUGUUGAGCAAGAUCAACAAGACCAAGGGUCUUCCUGGCCAGGGCAUUACCAGCCGUCUGAUCACAAUCGCCAAGGAGCUUGGUCUUAAGGGUUCAUUCACUGGUCUCCCUGCUCGUCUGUUCAUGGUUGGAACUCUUACCGCCGGUCAAUUCGCUAUCUACGGUGACGUCAAGAAGGCUCUUGGAGCAACUGGAGGUGUUGAGAUCGCAAAGAACUAG